AUGCUCCUUGAAGACGGUUGCCAUCACCCGAUUCCAGAUCCCCAACCGGCCUUUAAAGUGAUUAUCCUUAGGAUCGACUGGAAACCCAAGCCAAUGAAGAGUUCGAAAAGGAGAAUUGUCAAGGAUAUUGCACAAGGAAAUCAGAGAGAUAACCCCUUCUUCCAGCGAGCCCAUGGAUCGAUUGGAGGAAUCCCAUUGGAAAAACCACUCAGCGCUUGGAUAAAGCACGACGUCCUUUACCUUCCGAACAUUCUUUAG